AUGUUUCAAGAAAUUAUUCCCCAUGGUCAACGAAAUUUCCCUGGCUUUCGAGACGAAAUUCUGUCGGCAUUCAAUGCCGAGGCAUCUCCAGAGCCCGAGCAAGAUGCAUCUGAUCCUUCAGUUGAUGACCCGACUCCUGAUCAACACCGUUUUGAGAUCCUUGGAUAUCCGCCUACUGUCCCUGUUGAAGAAACACCAAGUCCCGUUCCUGCACCACGUAGUUACCGCCACACCAAAACCACGGCUGGACGUAAGAACAUUGCGCAUUAUUACUCUACUUCUUCAGAGUCCAGCACAGUACCCCUACGCAAGCACACUAGGCGAGGAGCUGCCAGUAGCUCCAAGCAUCCACGAUCCCCCCGGCUUCACUCGUGCCUCUGUGGAUCAGGACGAUUCGACUGUGUAUUCAGCAUCCUUCGUUUGGCGACUCACUUGAAAAAAGCUUGGGAAGUGGCACAAGCACCAUUCAAGAAUUUGUUAAUGAUGGGCUUCAUGAUGUGGAUGGCUGGAAAUACAGUGCAUCUCUUUAGCAUUGGUAUCACUUUUUCUGCACUUUGGCAGCCUAUUAGUGCUCUUCAAGGUGUUGGGAAAGUUUUUAAGCCUUAUAAAGACAGUAAAGUAGAACAUCUUGGGCCUAAGCUGCUUUUCAUUGCCCUUAAUUUGGGUGGUUUAGCACUUGGUGUUUGGAAGCUUAACACAUUGGGGCUUCUUCCAACACAUGCAUCGGACUGGGUGUCAUCCUUACCCCCUGCUCAGGAGGUAGAGUAUUCGGGUGGAGGCAUUCCUCUAUAACGACAUGUUUGUUCAUCUUUGGUUCUGUGAUCAAUUUCUGGAGGUGGUGAGAGGACUUAAGACUAGUGGGACUUUAGACUUUUUGUUUUGUUUUCUUUUGAAGAUGGAGAACACCGCAGAUUUUUUAUCUUAAAUUUUAUGAAACAUGUAGCUGUAGUGUGGCAUGACAUGAUUACGAACAUAGGUUUAUUUUAUUUUGUGAAUUGAGAAUGGAUUAACAUAAAAAUCUAAAAUUAUGUUCGAGGUAAUAUUGUUCUUAUUAUUGGG